GUUGAAAUAAUCACGCGACAGCGCUCGCCGCUAGCUAUCCUUCUGCAUUGUGUCAUUUGCGUGCGAGGACCUUGUUAUACAAUUUGCGGCGCCAUGCAAUCUUCUUCGAUCAAAGUAAAUCCAGAUUUAACCAGGGAACGAGAGAAAGCCUCAUUCGAUCCAACCGAGUUAAUGUAUCUUCUUCACGGAGGACAACAGAAGACUGAACGGAAACAAUUCCUGGAGUCAUUGUUAGUGAAGGAUCCUGUAUUUGACAAAGAAGAUGCAUACAUCCUGAAUCGCAAACAUGGCUAUGAAAGGGCUUUACAGAGAGGACUACGGGUGCUUGAACUGUGUAAGGAACAUCAAAUCAAUGAUCCAGAUGAAAUUAUCUUAUUACAAAGGUUUGCUGGGACCAUAUUUCCAUUCCACUUGAGCAAAGUUAUGUUUAUUCCCACUUUAAAGGGCCAAGGAACUGAGGAACAAAAAGCCAAGUGGCUACCUCUGGCAGAAUCAAAUCAGAUCAUUGCAACUUAUGCACAGACUGAACUUGGUCAUGGGACUUUUAUUCGUGGGUUGGAGACUACGGCAACAUAUGAUAAAAACACGCAAGAGUUUGUUAUUCACUCACCAUCACUAUCUGCAUGCAAAUGGUGGCCUGGAAUGUUGGGAAAGUCUUGUAAUUUUGCCGUCACAGCAGCAAGACUGAUGGUAGAUGAAAAGGAUCAUGGGAUACAGAUGUUUAUUGUUCAGUUGCGUGAUCUGGAUACCCACCAACCUUUGCCUGGUAUAACAGUUGGAGACAUUGGAGCCAAAUUCUCUACUUUGAUGAAUGCAUCAGACAAUGGAUUUCUCAAGUUUGAUCAUGUUCGGAUUCCUCUAAACCAGAUGCUUAUGGGACUAGCAAAGCUCUCACCUGAUGGCACCUUAACGAAGGUGGGAAACUCGAAGCUUUUGUACGGCUCUAUGAGUUAUGUGCGAGCAACAAUUGUUACGGAUUCUUUUUGGUUGCUCUCCCAAGCAAUCACCAUUGCUAUGCGUUACAGUGUAGUGCGACGGCAAGGUCAACUCAAGGCAGAUGAGUCUGAGACCCAGAUUAUCGACUACAAGACACAGCAAUAUAAAUUGUUACCAGGUUUAGCUAUGGCUUACGCAACAAAGUUUGCGUUAGACCAUGUGUGGAGAUUUUAUGAACACUGCCAAAGGAAUUUUGUGGCUGGAGACUUCUCUCUGUUACCAGAGCUUCACGCAAUCACGAGUGGUCUGAAAGCGUUCACAUCCUCAACAGCCAUGCGUCAUGCAGAGACGUGCCGACUGGCUUGUGGUGGACAUGGCUACUUACUGUACAGCGGUCUUCCUGAUUUUUAUGCAUUGAUAAAUGCUUCCUGCACGUACGAGGGAGAUAAUGACGUUCUCUACUUGCAAGUCGCAAGGUAUCUGGUAAAAAUCGCCUCACAAGCUCAAGAAGGGAAGACUCUUCCUGCCCCACUUAAAUUCUUUUCACGGAAAUGUGAACAGUGUCCAGUUAUGAACGGAGAGGGAUUUUUGGAACCUGAAGUGCAAAGAACAAUUUAUCAGGACAGAACGGCAAGUGAACUACGAACUGUAGCAGGAACACUGCAAAGGAGAAUACUUUCUGGAAUGGAUCCUGCCGGUGCGUGGAAUGACCUGUCUGUAGACUUAGUGCGUUGUGCGAAGGGCUACAGUAACUGUGUAUUUGUUUGCUAUGUAUUGGAUUCAAUGAAGAACCUUUCUGGUGUCAGCCCUAGUUCACGUAGGGUUCUAAAAUCUCUAUCAGACUUAUUUGUUCUAUGGGGUAUUACUGAAAACUCGGGUAGUUUUCUUGAGGCUGGAAUUCUGAGCUGCAGCCAAAUUCAAACCAUUCGACAGCAAGUUUAUGCAUUAAUGGAAAAGCUCAGACCUGAAGCAGUAGCUCUGGUGGACGCGUUCGAUCACUCAGAUUACGUACUCAACUCACCGCUGGGUCGCUUCGAUGGCAACGUGUACGAAGACCUUUUCAGAUGGGCUCAAAGAUCAGAACUGAAUGAUAAGGAGGUACAGCCAGGUUACUACAAGUAUCUGCAGCCGUUGAUGCGUGGUAGCAAAUCCAAACUGUAGUUAUAUUUUACCAAACUAUCUCGCGCACGGCAUAUAUCGUGGUGGAAUUCAAUCUUUCAUGGCUGAGUUGCCGGAGAAACCUUUUGGCCUGUUUUUGUUUUUGCGUAAUUCCACAGAAAAGAGUCACAAAGGAAGCAUGGCUGUAGAUAAAUAACUACACGUUCAACGCCACAAAGCAAAUGCACAUUUAAUUUAUUUUCCAGAUGGACGUCUAUUUAGAUGUCAAGAUUUGUGGAGACGUGUGUGUAAUUCGACCGCAAUAAGUAAUGAAUACAAAUAUCUAAGAACAAAAUACAAUUACUCCCUGUAGAAUAUUACCACAUUCAUUGAUUUUUCUGUGUGAUUAGAAGUGUGACCAGGUUAUUUACCCUUUCCACGGGGUAUCGUGCUGCUGCGUUAGAUGAGGAAUACGUUUCCUCAUAUUUUUUGGCGUAUCUGGUGUAGCACAGGUUCUUUUUGGAGAACCCUUCAGUUUCAGAGCACACAUGUUAAGAUUGUCAUGAUCUGGAUGCGUUUACUACAAGACUGACUGACUUGUCCUAAAUAAACUUUUCACAUUGAA